ACAACCCUACAGAGGAGAACGAUAUCCCUCGCCAUCCAACCCCUGCGCGUCCUGCUCCGUCUCGUUCUCACCGACGCUCAGCCACCCUUACCGCGCGUCGCGCUCUAUCGCUCCCUCCCCUCGUUCGGCACAUUCUCAACCCCCUCCAAGCUGAUGGUGCAUCUCUUCCGCCAGAUGGCGGCUGAACACACCGGCGUAUUCUCGUGUCUGUGUGCGUGUCACGUUUCUCCCACCAAUCCUGGUGGAACCCAUCGCUACACGACAGUGUUCAUGCCGUUGUGCGCACUACCACUGUCUUCGACAACGAGUUUCACCCACCCAACAGGAGGGAUUGUAUGUAUAUGUAUAUAUGUGUGUGAGAGACGCGAUCGAGCUCGUGACGACGAAUCGACGCGGGACAAGGACACACGCCGUAUACCGGGCGUAUACGCGUAACGCGCGCGACGGAGACGGAAGAGCGCGGCGACAGUGGGAGCGAGACGGCGAAGCGAAAAUGAGGGAGAGAGGCUGAGAACGUGGCAAAGGGAGCGAGUAAGAACGACGCCGUCGGGGCCCCAACAGCCUCUCACUAGACAGUAUUACUUUCAACCGUUUAGCGGGGCCAAUGCUACCCGGUACGUAGUAGUCAGUCAGCCGAGCAGUCGGAAUCAACCGUCCACGAAUACCAAGAGACAAUUCUUUCUUUUCUCAGUUCCUUUUUUCUCUCUAUCUCCGUUUCUAUCCCUAUCAUUUUUUAUCCUCCUCCACGUCCUUCCGCAUUCGCCGGUUACAAGAGGUUAAAGGAGGAAAAUUUAAGACAGGGAAAAGAGCGUUAUUUUAUUAUCAACGUAACACGCUGUCGCGACGGCCAGAACGACGGGCCACCACGUCGUUCACCGGUCGUCGUGUCCGCUCACCGCGUCCUCCUCGGACGCUGCGCCCGUGACAGACUGAGGCGCGCGACCGCCGCGGCCGGUGGAUAUAAAUAAAGUUUCCGCGCGGACGGGAGUCUCGCACGCGCGCGAGAAAGAAAGAGGUGAAACGAACGCGCGCGACGACGACCAGGGAAGAGGAAGAGGUGGAGGAGGAGAAGGAGGAGGAGGAGAAGCAGCAGCAGCAGCAGCAGCAGCCAGCAGCCGCAGCAGCAGCGGGAGAAGGAGAAGGCGGAAGAGGGAGAUCGAAGAGCGCCGGCAACUGGCACGGCCGUUUGUUUCUCGUUUUGAAUAUUCCUUCCGGCGCAAGCGAGCGAUCGACAUCGAUCCCUCUCGCCGACGUAUCGCGUAUCGGACCAAGUGAAGAAAACGUAUCGCAUACCGGGGAAUCCGAGCGCGCCGGAAAAGCGACGGCGAUCGACGUUGUAGCGCAUCGCUGCAAGGACUUGGAGACGGCCGGUAUAUCAGCUACGGAGGAGUCUUACCGUCAUCCCUCCUCUCGCUCUCGCGCGCGGCGCUCGAAAGGGUAGGAGAAGAGGAUAGGGGGAAAGGGGAAGCGGCGCAUCGCAUUCGUAGUCGCACGCGCGUGGAACUCUCCGACCGGUUGUAGUUCCUUCAGUUGGCUCGUGGCUCGUGCGGAGCGUGGUUGUCGUGAUACCUGUGCUCUCUUGGUCCGCGCGCAUUCUGUGUCGUCGCCGUCGUCGCCGUCUCAUCAUCGCUGUCUCUGUCGUGUUUUCGCCGUAAUGUGCCUAUGACGAGGUGAUGAACGGCCGGCGUCGCAGUGUCGAGGGGCGUAGUGACAGUGCUCGUCGUCCUGCCGAUAGACGAUGACGAUUUACAAAACGAACAGCAACAUCCCGGUCGCUCGUGGUGGACGCAGGGAAAACAGUGUGCUCUGUGUGAUCUAGUGUACUUGCAUUCUCUUCGCGUAAUAUAUGUAUUACAUUUGCAUAUAUACGCAUAAACGUAUAGUUACACGAACGCGUAUGCACGCGCUGCGAAUGUUUUUGGAUUAUACUUCGUCGUGUUGGAUUUCUUCGUGGUUGUGUGGAAUUAAGGAUAAUGCGAUAUUGCAGUUAUUGUGCAGUGCGCCAAUAAGCCGCGCGUUCGCAUCUACCUCGUGAAGAUCGUUCGUGAAGAGAGCUCUUUCUCCGAGGGUCCAGCGGUGACGCGACACUAUCAACAACGGCGACGAUCGGCGUCGGAGUGCAGCCGUUAUCAUCCGGUUAUCAUAACACAACGCCACCCCAAAGCGGAAGGGGUGGUUCGCCACUUCGUGUCGCGGCGAUGGUAGCAGCUGCCUCCGCUACGGCCACCGCCACUGCCAGCGUGGUGGCCAUGCAGGACCGCCCUAUGCAGGACAUCCCCGCGCAAUUCAAUCAGAUGCAGAGCCAACUACCCCACCAAACGUACAACGCAGGGUACGGCCAAAGAGGACCAAUGGCAGGAAUGGGGCCAGUUGGGAUGAACAAUUUUAACGGCAUGGGCACGAUGAGCCCAAUGCAUACUAUGAAUUCCAUGAAUUCGAUGAACGGUAUGAAUGGCAUGAACACAAUGAAUCCUAUGACGAUGGGAGGAAUGAACGGGAUGACCGGGAUGAACGGUAUGACUGCUAUGAACGGAAUGACACCCAUGAACUCCAUGAGCAACAUGGGUAACAUGCCCAUGAACAACAUGAUGGGACCCAACAAUAUGCAAAUGAACAAGAUGCAGUCUCAGACGCAUCAAGGAACCGUCUAUCCACGAAGGCUAGCACCUUAUCCGACUCCAAAUAUGCACAUGCAAAAGCGACAGAUUCCGUACGCUACUCAGAAUCCAGCAGCUAUGCAGCAGGGCUUCAACGGCAUGACGGCGACUCAAUAUCCGAACAACUAUCCUACCGGAGCGAGGCCGAAUUUUCAGCAGCAAUAUCAACCUAUGCAGAACAUGAAUCCCACGGCGGCUGGUUUCGGGCCCAACGCGAUGGUACGGGGGGCGAAUAUGAGGCAAACGACGCCGGCUUACAAUACCGCAUCUCAAGCAACCACUGUGAACCACCAAUAUGGUACAGUAGUAAACUAUCCCAACAACGGCGUUCCGGGUGUUUGCCAUGGGAUGGUUCCACCCCCCACCUCGGUCGGCAAUCAGUUCGUCGGUCAUCAACCGAACCCGGGAUAUAGCGGCGGUAACGCAUCGUACGGCGCGUCCACCGUGGCGACCAGUCAAUACCAACAGGAUGUGGCAUCGAUGAGAUCGACGAAUGGGGGCAAUAUGAAUUAUCAGCACAGUCCCAUUCCCGGCAAUCCGACGCCCCCAUUAACACCUGCCACUAGUAUUCCGCCUUACAUCAGCCCGAAUCCGGAUAUCAAACCUAACUUCAAUGACAUCAAGCCUAACUUCAACGACAUCAAACCCAACUUCAACGACAUCAAGACAGCCGUCAAUAUGCCAAAUGUUCCAGAUGAUCAAUUGAGAUUAACAUUCCCCGUGCGAGACGGCAUCAUACUUCCGCCCUUCCGUCUAGAGCACAAUUUGGCUGUUAGCAAUCACGUGUUCCAACUGAAGCCUACUGUGCAUCAAACGCUAGCAUGGCGCUCGGAUCUGGAGCUGCAACUUAAAUGUUUCCACCAUGAAGAUAGGCAAAUGAAUACGAAUUGGCCGGCGAGUGUGCAAGUUUCCGUUAACGCGACUCCUCUCAUAAUCGAUCGCGGAGAGAACAAAAGUUCUCACAAGCCUCUUUACUUGAAGGACGUCUGUCAACCAGGCAGGAAUACAAUACAGAUCACCGUAGCCGCUUGUUGUUGUGCUCGUUGUUUACAGUCACAUUUGUUCGUACUCCAAUUGGUUCAUCGACCAAGUGUGCGAAGCGUACUUCAUGGCUUACUACGCAAAAGACUUUUAAUGGCUGAUAAUUGUAUAUCCAAAAUCAAAAGAAAUUUCAGUAAUACGAUCUCGAACAAUGGUAUACAGUCAGAGAAAGAUGUAGUGGAACAAACAGCACUAAAGGUAUCUUUAAAAUGUCCUAUAACUUUCAAACGCAUUACACUGCCAGCUAGAGGACACGAAUGCAAACAUAUACAGUGUUUUGAUUUGGAAUCAUAUUUGCAAUUAAAUUGCGAACGAGGUAACUGGAGGUGUCCAGUGUGCACGAAAUCUGCGCCACUGGAAGGUUUAGAAGUUGAUCAAUAUAUGUGGGGUAUUCUGAAUACCUGUAAUCCUGCGGAAAUUGAUGAAGUAACGAUAGACUCGACCGCUAACUGGAAACCCGCGAAGAUCUUAAAUAAUAUUAAAACCGAAGAAGAGAGCGAUUGUAAGAGAACGACUAAGGCCAUGUCACCGAACAGUAUGAAUAUGCCGACUAUGAACAAUUGGGAUAUGAAUCAAGCUAUGAGUCCCUACAUACCACCCGAUAUGAGCAGCAUUGUGAGCGGUUCGAUGAUGAAUAAUACAUCUUCUACGUACGCGAAUAAUAGUAUAAACCAUCGGAAUACGUCGGGUGGAACAUACGAGAUAAACUCGGGGGCGAAUACUAUCGGCAAUAAUGAUUAUGGUAAUGGAGCAGGCCCUCUCUCACACUUAAACGAAUCCGUUAAUUCUUUAGAUCCUCUCAAUGCCAUGGAGAAGUCACUUAAUGAUCAGAUGCCUCACACUCCGCAUACACCGCACACUCCACAAUCCACUCCUCACACACCGGCUGGUGGAGCCAGCGGUCCGCCAAGCGUUCCGCCUGUAUCGCAAGAAUCCACGGGAAACCAUAAUACGUCUGGCAAUACGAACACGAACAUAAGUAAUGACAGCGCGACGGAUAUACCGUCAGACUUGAAUUUUGAUCCCGCUGCAGUUAUAGACGGGGAAGGUACCGGUCAAGAGGCAUUAAAUCUUUUACCAGACAACGUAGAUACGAUGGAACUCUUGUCGUAUCUUGAUCCACCAGAUCUAAAUACACCACCUAGUAGUGGGGCUAGCAGUAGUAAUCCUGCUUCCAGCGAUGACAUAUUGGCACUCUUUGAUUAAGAAAAGAGACAGGAGACGAGUGAAUAUUUCAUAAAAUAAUGAAAUCAUGUAAUAAAACCCCACUAUUUAAACGAUGAAGAAGAGGAGAAGAUUAACAUCUCGCUGCAAACAUAAUUUUGGGUAUAGUAUACUACUACUCGCGCAGAUUUCUUAAGGCUCUGUGAACUCAAAUGAGUUGCGCAAAAUAUCCGAUUUACAAUCUGAUGCAACAAAUGUAUUUGGAAGUCUAUUGUGUAAGCGCUUGUGGUGAGGAAAUCCAAAUUUUGUUGGAGUCACUAUGGGUGCUCUCACCUAAUCAAUGGUACAAAUAAAUCUUAGUUCUAAUUAUAAUAUUCCUAUUGAAGUUAAGGCGACUUAGAAUUAAAGAAUGAUUUUUAACGAAAAAACACCAUACUAGCUAAAGAUAUUAUUGUGAACAACAUUCUGUUUUAUAUGGACAUAUACAUUAUUAUAUAUAUAUAAUUUAGUAUAUCAUAUAUAUAUAAUAAUGUAUGUUAUUGACAAUGUCUAUUAAUAGCUUGUUAAACAAUAUAUAAAACAAAAAUAUAUUGAAACAAAGAUUUCACGAUAUCGUAUUAAUAUUCAGUUGAUAUGUCACUGUGAAUUAUGAUCACGAUUGAUAGAAAAAAUUUAUUUAAAAAAUGAUCAAAAUAUAUUGCAUUUGUCUUGAGGUUGCAUUUCUGUAUAAUUAUUUUAUAUAUUUACUUUAUUGUAAUCGAUUAUAGUAAAAAAUUUUCUUUGAAUCAUUUUUAAACAUUUGCUUAAAAGAAAAAUUAUACUGUAAUUAUAGUUUGAGAUAUUUGGAAGUUGUUCCUACAAUAACAUCUUUACACAUGAAAACCGGUCUAUUCGCAUUCAAGGCUAUGAUAGACCUAUGUCGCAACAGAAAGAUAAUUGUACAGACAUACUUUUGUAAAUAAAUUUUAAUGGAGGUAAGUAAGAUAUUCAUCUGUUGGCAAAUUUUGCCUAUUGAUGGAUAUUGUGCAUAUAGUGUUCCUUUCAUUUAAGUAAGUCGUAGCAACAGACAAAAGUGAAUUAGGGGAUAUCGGGCUUCACACUGGAAAUUAAUAAAAACAUGAUGUAUCUCCUGAGAUAAAAACUGCACAUGUAACUUUUAAAAACAUAAUAAUUGAUUUGUAAACGCUUUUAAGUAUGAUACGUUUACUAUUUUGAAAAAACUUUAGCUUCAUAUAAGGAGCUACAAUUCCUGUAAAUAUAUGACGAAAAGAUAUGUACAUAUGCACUUAACUCCAAAUAUUUAAUAAGCAAAUCUUAUCAUUUGUAAGAUUUCUUUGCAGGUAAAAAAUAUUUCUAAAUUACAAUUUUCUAUUUUGGAUAUGAUUUUCUAUACCACAUCUUAUGAUGUUAACCUCUGAAGAUACAUCAGAAUAUUUGCACAUAUAGAAUUUAUUUUCACAUUUUGAUGUGUGUUAAUAUAUGUGUAUCUCUAGAUGAUUUAUGUACAAACAGAUACAUUUUGAAACUAUUUUAGGUUGAUAUAGCUAAUCAUAAUAUGUAAUUAUGUAUCUCUAAUUAACUAUAUUGCUAUUUUACUUGUACAAAUAGUUAAUAGCAAUAUUUAUGGAAGGGCUUGAGAAACGGUUCAAUAUAAUCUGCAUACAAUCAAAUCUUACACAGAGAGGAAAAAUCAAAAUUUUUCGCAGGAAACAUGUAAUGUCACAUGUGUAUCACAGAAUAGUUAUGCAUGUACAAGAGCGCUUGAACUUAUUAUUUUCGCAAAUACUUGAUAACAACUGCAAUAACUCAGUAUGCGAAAAUAAAUUCUGUAUAUCUUCUUGCACGAUGUAGCGGUACACUGAUUUACCGUUUAAUGAGAACGUAAAUCAGAUACUCGUAUAUGAAAAGAAAAAAAAAAAAAA